CCAACGUGACGUUAAAAGUCUCUGACCACUACGAAACAAAAUUCAAACAACACAAUAAUCGAACAAAUCCCUAGACUAGCUCUGCGUCGAUCCGUAUUUAUUAGGUUAGCGGAAUUUUAGUAAUCAAAAGAAGUAGAUCGGCGAUUUGGGAUUAAAAACAGUAUUUAUUUUUUGUUUUUAUAAUGAAUAAUUCAUAAAUAAUCUACAAUAGUCUGCAAACUGGUAUUUUCAAUACCAGAAACAUAACUAUCUCGUAGGGUCAAGUGAAUAUCAACAGUUUUAGUUAGUGCUGUGUUUAGUUUUAGCCGUUAUGUUGCUGUAUUUUUUUGCAGGGUUAUUUUGCUUAAUACAACCUGGUUUAUUGCAAGACAUUCUGCAAAGUUACGAUGAAGACUCGUUUUAUCCCCCUACUGGUCCACAAAUUGACUCCCUGGACUGGCAGCUAAUCAAAGAAAUAUCCCCCAAAUACAAAAACGUAUUAAUAUCGCCCAUAAGUCUUAAACUAGUACUAGCCUUGCUAUACGAAGGCUCGGCUGGGGAAACAGAAAGGGAAUUCCAAAACGUCCUCCAGUUCGACAAAAAAGAGGUUGUCAGAAAAUUUUUUAACGCCACCUUAAACUCCCUGCAAGCUUCCGAGAGAAAGGAGUACAUACUGAAUUUGGGGACAAGGAUUUUUUUGGAUAGCCAACUACAACCGCAACAAAAAUUCCUAUCAAUCGCAAAUGACGCAUAUCAAACCAAAGUAGAACCUACGAAUUUUGACGACGCAAAAAACUCCUCUAUAGCCAUAAACUCCUGGAUACAGACACUGACGAAUGGAAAAGUCCAGGAAAUCGUCAAACCCGACGAUCUGACUAAAUCCAUUAUGGUGAUAGCGAACGCUAUUUAUUUUAAAGGCACUUGGACCCAUCAGUUCGCCAAAAAUGAGACUCACAUCAGCAAGUUUUACGUGCAAGGUAAAGAAACUGUUGAAGUUCCGUUUAUGUCCACGACUGAAGGUUUUUAUAUCCAUGAAAAUACCGAUUUAGACGCCAGUUUCUUGAGACUCCCAUACAAAGGUAGAAAAUACUCCCUAUGGAUCAUUUUGCCGAAUUCCAAGGGCGGUCUUCCAGAUAUGAUCAAGAAAAUCAACACAAUGCAUAUAUACGAUGCACUUUUUUAUGCCUUUAAACGCAAUGUCCAUGUGACCAUUCCAAAGUUUAAGUUCAGUUUUCAGGAGAAUUACGUUAAUGUCCUUAGGAAGUUUGGUUUAAAACAAAUGUUCCAAAAUACAGCGAGCUUUCCUGGUAUUGUCAAGGGUAGCAAAGAUGUUUUGAGAAUGUUGCAAGUGUCCGAAAUCCUGCAAAAAACUGGAAUCGAACUGGAUGAGGAGGGCAGUGUGGUGUUUUCGGCUACUGGCGUUAAUAUUGGAAAUAAAUUUGGGGAACCUCUAUAUAGAUUCAACGCCAGUCACCCGUUCAUGUUUUUCCUUUACGAGGAAACCACUAGUAGUAUAUUGUUUGUGGGAAAAGUGGAAAACCCUUUGGAAACCGGGACGAGAUUUUCGCAGGAACCUCCCAAAGCUGCUGCAGCAGCUGUAAAUAAACCAGCUGCAGCUUCGCAGCAACCAUUAUCAAAUGAAGCAGCGGAUGCCCAACUUUUAAAUCAAUAUACACCCGUGCACCAAUUUUUGCAACCCCAGGCCCUAGACGAGAUACCACAAUUUAGUAUCCAAGAUCAAAAUCAAAAUGAAAACAUAAACCUAAGUGACGAAAGACAUAUCUUUUUCGAUAUCGCUCUACUGAAAGAAUUGGCUAAAACAAACGAAAAUGUAUUGGUAUCGCCACUGAGCAUUAAAACAACUCUGGCCAUGGUUCUUGAAGGAUCCAAAGGAAUUUGCGCAGAAGAAAUACAAAAAACCCUUAGAAUCGGCAGUCUGGCCCAAGCUAGGAGUUAUCUUAAGGCCAUUCUGCAUGUAUUAAAGGACACAAGAUACGUUGAAAGUGCAAAUGCGGUAUUCGUAUCAAAGAAAGUCCAAGUCUACAAGGACUAUCAGAACAAACUCCAGGAUUACAAAGGAUUCAUCGAAUCCCUUGACUUUAAUAACGUCCCAUUGGCAGUACAAACAAUCAACAAAUGGGUUAACGACCUGACUAAGGGAGCUAUCCCCACUAUUAUCGGCACUGACAAUAUCCACAAAGACUUCACUGUGGUUUUGGCAAAUGCCUUGUAUUUUAAGGGUAAGUGGAAGACGGCCUUCGACGAGAAAUCCACAAGAAGAGAUUAUUUCUACCUCGAAAAUGGCGGAAGACGUGAAGUGAACAUGAUGCAAGUGAGCAACAACUUUAACUACCAAUACAACAAAAACUUGCACGCUGAAGCUGUAGAAAUCCCAUAUGAAGAUGAUUUCUCAAUGUUGAUAGUGAUGCCAGCCGAAGGAAAUAACGUUGAAAACUUGGCCACAGAUAUGCAAAAACCCUCCGAUAUAAUCGCUGAUUUAAAACAAACUGAACUAAAUUUAGCCAUCCCCAAAUUCGACAUGGAUUACUCCAAGAACUUGGUGGACAUUCUUAAACCUUUGGGAGUUAGAACCAUUUUCACCCACGAAGCUAAUCUGACCGGUAUAGUGCCGAACGACAAUAUUCGAGUCAAUAAUAUAGUGCACAAGACGAAAAUCCAAGUGGACGAGCAGGGAACAAAAGCAGCGGCCGCUACUGGUGUUAUUGUUAUACCUUUGAUAGGUUCAACGGCUAGAAAAGUGGUCAUUAACAGACCCUUUAUUUAUUUUAUCUAUCAUAGAGAGACAAGAGCCAUUAUAUUCGAGGGGAUCUUCAGGCAUCCUCAAAUGGAUUUCCAAAGAACUUUGCCGCCAAAUUUAAGUUCAAGAGGCAAUUUUUACACUUUCCAAUAGAGUGGUGACAUUUUGUUUGUUUUAUGUAAAAGACUAAUUUUUUAUUUGUAGCUUGGUCCUCUUUUAAUAUAUUUUUU